AUGAGAGAUGGAAAAUGGAGUCCAGCCGAUUGCAAAGGCCCGAAUGAUGAAUUCUUUGAGGGAAUUUUUGGCAGCCCGAAGACGUUUAACGGAAUUCCUCGUCGUGUGGACUCAUGUACAGUCGAGAUCCUCUUAAAAUAUACAAUAUUUAUGACCAUUAACCGCGCCUUUCUUUGCGUUGUCAGCGUCGUCAAUGAUCAGAUGCAUGCACACCACCGAGUUAUGCUGGAUGUUAAU